AUGCUCAACCGCGUAAUCGGUGUUAUUCGUACCAAAACUAAUCAUUUUGAAGUGUUGCACCGUGAACUAUCUAGAGCGUUUGGUCGCGAAAGUGCUCAAGCAAUAAUGGAUGGACUUAAGAAUACUCAGCCGUCUACAUCUCUAUCCUUUAUGAAUAAUACGACAUUAACUUCAUAUAAGAACAAGCUAAGACCAUUGGCUGGCAAGAAAAUUAUAUUAGAUUUGGAAAGUGGAGCACAUCGCGGAAUAUUACAGAAAGACAUCGAGCGAUUGGGUGGUUCAGUUGUGGAUGCAUACGAUGAAGAGCAGGGCAGACCACUUUGUAUCGUAUCCGAUUAUCCUCAUGUUGAACUACUCGAAAAAUCAAAUCGUUCUAAACUUUCAUCAAAGUUUAUAUCGAGUUUGCCGUUGAUGUUACGUUGUGCAGUUCAAAAUGGUGUUCGUAUACGUUCAUAUCUGUCCUUUAAAGCUACCAUCGAUCAAUUAAAAAAGAAAGUUCGCAUAGAUAAAAAAGUUGAUCAUGCACCGGUCAAAGCACCACAGGUUUCUGUGCGACAGCUGCUGCCUCCGUUCACGAAACUAGAGGAUGCUGAUGGACUUUAUGCACCAUCAUUUAAAGAAUUCAUCCGACCCAACAACUUUAUACCAAUUUAUUUGGGUAAAUCAUCAGGGAAGUCAAUUUUUCAUAAAAUAACACGUGAAGCUGAAGAACGAAGAAAAAAAGAAGAGAAAGAAACAAAGGUUCGCCGACCGCCACGACCGAAAACGCAGACUUGUAGUGGUUUUUGUGAGAUUUGCGGUGUGACUUGUGAAAACCUCCUUUUGCAUUAUACAAGCCGUGAACAUCAGCAACGAAUCAGUCAGCCAGGAUUUUAUUGUGAAGUGGAUGCUUUAUGUGGUUCAUAUACUGAGAAUAUUGUCGUUCCAAAUAUACCUCUACAAAAGAGACGUGAAAAGAGUCCGGUUAAUAUGACCAAACAAUUCGACCCAUACAAUGAUACCGAUUCGGGUGACUUAUUGCGUCAAGCGGAUGGAUGA